AUGGGUGACAUUAAUAUAGAUUUUAAUUCUAAUAUAUCAAGUAAAAAACAACUGAGUGAUAUACUGUCAGCUCAUGGAUUUAGCCAGCACGUGGAGCACCCUACAAGGAUCGAGGGCGACAGUGCCACACUAUUAGACCACGCGUACUCCAAUAUCCGCGACGGCCGUGUGUCCGCGGCGUGCGUGUGCACUAACGUGAGCGACCAUCUGGCGCAGCGGCUUAUCGCUCCUCGGCCCGCCGCCGCGCGCCCGACAGCGCCGUUGACGGUAAAAGGACGAGUCUAUAGUAAAAAUAAUAAGACAUCGUUUGUGAACGCACUGGCAUCAAUCGACUGGCAAGCAAUUGUCAGCAAAUAUAAAGGCGAUUGUACACGGUUCACUGAAGCGGUGCUAUGUAUACUAGUCAACCUUUUAAAUAUACACAUACCAAUAAAAAACACUAAGGUUCAUUUGAGGAGCAAACCAUGGAUAGAUCCCGAAGUUUAUAAUCUUAAGCUUUUAUUGUUUGACUAUAUACAAUACACAAAAGAUAACCCCGGUAACUUUACUGUAGGCGACACCUUAGCCAAAUUACAAAUUGCAUAUAACCAAAAAUUAAAAACUAAGCGAAUGGACUAUUUUAAUUCGUUUAUAAACAGCAAUCCCAAUAAAAAUAAGGCAAUGUGGAGGGCAAUAAACAUGGAGUUAGCGAGAAAACCACGCGAGCGCGUCGACUACACGGACCUGCUACGCGACACCGAUGGGAAACCGUUUGCGUCGAAACAGCAGCUUGUGGACGCCAUGAACCGCGAGUUCGUGAGCGCGGCGGCCGCGUGCGGCGCGCCCGCCCCGGCCCGCGCGCGCUGCCGCGCCGCCAUGGCCGAGUGGCGCGAAGCUAGCGACACCUCCAUCAGAUUGUUGCCUUUUACGCCCGCAGAAAUAGUCCUGAUUCUUAAAACCGCGAUAGCUUCUAAGAACAGCACAGACAUCUACGGGCUGUCCGCUAGCCUGCUUAAACAGGCCGGUUGUGCGAUUAGCUUCAUACUAUCGCAUUUAUUUAACGACUGCAUGAAAUCAGGAAUAUACCCAGACGGUUUCAAAAAAGUGAAAAUAUGUCCACUUUACAAAGGCAAAGGCCAAAAAUCUGCCAUGAAGUCAUAUCGGCCAAUUUCACUAGUCCCCGGCCCGAGCAAAUGCUUCGAGGUCGGACUUAAUAGAAGGAUACUGGAGUACUGGUUUCCCCGGAACGUGUUAUCCGAAUGUCAGUAUGCUUACCGACAGGGCCGAUCUACCACCGAUCUAGUGCGAGAAGUGGUGCGCGACGUGUUGCACGCGCGCGAGGCGGGACGCCACGUCGCGGUCAUCUGCUGCGACCUGUCGCGCGCGUUCGACACGGCCGACCACUCGCUCGUCGCCGAGAAACUCGCACACUGCGGGAUCCGCGGACCGGCACUGAACCUGUUGCUGUCUUUUAUGACCGAGCGAACCCAAGUCGUCGUCGGUGACAACGGGAAAAUCUCAUCUGCGGAAAUGGACAACCUAAUGGGUGUUCCGCAGGGAUCUUGCCUAUCCAACACGUUGUUCAGCUUGCUUCUAAAUGACCUACCAGGGGCAAUAAAUGGAGCAAGUAUAUACAUGUACGCGGAUGAUGUCACAGCCGUAGUGAGCACGUCAUCUGCACGAGAAAUAGAAGGAGCUCUUAACAGCGUCUUGGGGCAGCUGCAGGACUGGUUCAUGUCGAAUGGGUUAGCACUCAAUAAAGAAAAAACCUGCUUUAUAAGUUUCAAACUCAAUGGACAUCCGUCACAGAGCUUGAAGGUAAGUGCGGGAGAUGUCCAGAUACAGAAUGUGGCACACACACGCCUUCUCGGUUUCCACUUGGACAGCGCCUUGGUGUGGGACACUCACAUAGACGAGCUGUGCGGCCGGCUCGGGCGCGCCUGUUUUGCGCUGGGGCGGCUGGCGCGCACGGCCGGACGGACUGCAGUCCGCGACUGCUACUUCGCAACGGUCCACUCGCUGCUAACGUACGGCAUCGAACUAUGGGGCAGAGCCUCUGAGUGGCUACGAGUAUUCUCGAUGCAAAAGCGUGCAAUUAGAGCGAUGGCCGGAGUGUCUGCGGACGCCUCAGCACGUGAGCUGUUUAAAGAAUUCCAUAUCCUGCCCCUUCCAUGCUUGUAUCUUUAUCAAGUAGCCGUGUUCACGUACGGACACAUUCACGAAUUCAAGCGCAGGGGGACGAAUCAGAAAUACAGCUUACGUAGUAAUAAGUAUGAGGACAGGCUAAGUUCAAUCUCGCACAAACUUGCGAAGACGGAAAGAUCCGUAUAUUACAUAGGGCCUUCCGUGUACAAUCGAUUGCCAGGCACUGUGAGAAAUGCGGCAUCCGCCCAAAUUUUUAAAUAUAGGCUAAAGUCGUGGCUCGAAGAAAAUAACUUUUAUUGUAAUUAA